UGUUUUUUUUUUUUUUUGGUUUUAGGAUUGAAGCUUUUCUGAUAAAGGAGAUAGCCUGUAGUUAUUUGGGUAGAUUUAGGAUUUUUCUGGGCUUUGUUUGGGCAAUAUGUUGGGGGCAGGAUUGGAGUUUGGGAGUAUGAACGGCGGGGAUAGGUUUUACAGCGUGGCCAGGGCUCGCCUGAGCCAAGAGCAGUUGCGGAGGGCUCAGAGAGACGACGUCUCUAACCGUUCAAGGAGCGUGCCCGAUGAGAUGGCGCCGGAAAAGUUGAAAUCAGAAAUUCCGGCAUCACCACCGGUGUCAGAAUCAUCGCCGCUGUGUAAUUUGGAGAGGUUCUUGGAGUCGGUGACGCCUUCGGUGCCAGCGCAGUAUUUAUCUAAGAUGAAAGCGAGGAGUUGGAGAACUUGUGAUUCGGAGUUUCAACCCUUCUUUGUGCUAAGUGAUUUGUGGGAGUCUUUUAAGGAAUGGAGUGCAUAUGGAGUUGGAGUGCCUUUGAUAUUGAACGGCCUUGAUGGUGUGGUUCAGUAUUAUGUUCCUUAUUUAUCGGGCAUUCAAUUGUAUGCUGACAGAUCAAAAAGUACAGCCAAAUUGAGGCGAUUAGGUGAAGAAAGUGAUGGUGAGUAUUUUAGGGAUUCCAGCAGUGAAGGGAGCAGUGAUAGUGACCAAGAAAAAGUCGGCUUGAAUUACACCAGAGAGCAGCUUAUGUCACUUCAAGAAGGCUUUUCCAGUGACGAGGGCGAAUAUGGAAGUUCGCAGGGUACCCUCUUGUUCGAGUAUCUGGAACGGGACCCACCCUACUCCCUCAAUUUUCCGGAACUAAAAACGCUUAGGAGUUGUGAUUUGCUUCCGUCCAGUUGGAUUUCUGUGGCCUGGUAUCCCAUAUACAGAAUACCAACGGGUCCUACUCUUAGAGAUCUCGAUGCUUGCUUUUUAACCUUUCAUUCUCUUCAUACACCCAUGACAGGAAGUGAAACUAUGAAUCCUCCAAUUGUGAAAUACCCGAACGCGGGUGAUGGUGUUGCGCACAUUUCACUCCCGGUUUUUGGCCUUGCUUCGUACAAGUACAAAGUUUCAAUAUGGACUCCUAAUACGGGUUACGAGCGCCAGCUGGCAAACACUCUCUCGCAAGCGGCUAGUAACUGGCUGAGUUUGCUGCAGUGUUUAUCAGCUGAAGGCGGGAGCCUGAUGGUUCAGACAUAUGUUAGGUUGGCUCACGAUUUUGGACGUAUCAACAAAAUCAACAAAUUUAUUCUUUCGUGCGGUCCGUCGAGAAACUAUAAGAACCUUGGGAGGAUUGUUGAUAGGUCUGGAGACAUUGUGGGAGGGCCCGUUCAAGAAAAAUGA